AUGGCUCAUGAUGCUAACUUCUGUGGCGAUCGCCUGCGGCUAGCUGCGUUUCUUCGUAUAAUGGAAUAUGGGAUCCCACCACGUCCUACACGCUUCAGGCGCCGCGUCCAGGCGGUCGAGAAACCUAUGCGUGGAUCAGAUCCGUCCCCUACUAACCAGGAAUAUUCUUUUGUGAAUACCUCAGCUGCAAUCCCAAUACACGGUGUUUCACGUCCAUCGACGCCUGAGGCUACAACAUCCGGCGUAGAUGCCAGUCGUACACACCAUUCUUCGCCCUCGAACCCGCUUGCUACUGAUGCAGAUUCUACAUACGAUAUCCCGCCCUCCCAUACAUCAAUUGAGCCUUACGUAGGUCUCAUAAAGGACGGGAUUCACGAACCUACAGGUCUUCAACAGCAACAUGCGAACGGGCUACUCGUCAAGCAGUCACUACAGAAUGCGGGCAUCAUGUCCAGCUCAAACUCCCAUAAGACGCCCAGCAAACCUCGUCCCUCUUCAAGCACUCGGAAAAGGCGCCUACCGGUGAAUUGCCUCGCUUUAAUGCGUACCUCGACAUCAGAUGGCCUACCUGAGCCGAGUAAUAUAGACUCUCAUCUUAGCAUUCCCAUUACAAAGAUCGACCCAAUUGAAGACAGCCAUAAUUUCUCAGGACGAACUGCAGUUCCGAUGGAGAGGCAUAGGGCAAUGGCGAGUUCGAGCCAAAUUAAAGCAUCGACGUCUCGCGCACCCUGGACGCCUCGAGCAAGCAGCAUUUAUCCAGCCAAGUCGUCGAACAGCCCGACGCGGGGAUACAAGAGGCCCACCACACAUAGCAAUCUCGAAUUGCAGAUUCAGUCCGCCUUUGCAGUCGCUUCAGACGGGUUCGUCGGUGAAGAAUUGACGAUAACUCGGACGCAGAAGCGGACAAAGCGAUCAGGGAAGAACAUACUACAAGAAACCCAACUUGGUUUUGCAAGCGGUGGACUUGUGUUAGGAAAUGGUCGCCUUCCAUCGCCUCGGCAUGAAUGUAUCAGUCCUUCGUUGCCCGACUCCGGUCUUAGAUCUUCCAGUGGUCUGCAUACUCCCUUCCAAGUUGGAAGCAGCCAGCGCAGUGCAAUACCAAUACAGCUCAUUCUAACAAGAAACCACAAUGUGACGGACAGCAGACCAGUGGAGAGUGGCUGCUUUCGAAAACGGGAAACUGCCGUUCACACUCAGCUAUCCAGCAUUACUGCUCCACUCAGACGCGAUUCUGAGAGCUCCAGAUCUGAAGCUAUGGAUGAAGACGAUCACAUCAACGACAACGGAGACCCUAAUAUUGAUGGCUCUGUCAGCGGAGAGAGCCAGAAUAGCGACGGUUUUAUUAAUGACGAGGAAUGCGACGGCACUGACAGUACCAGCCCCUCUCGAUUCAAACAUCUCAGCCGCAAACCCACCUACGUCGAUGAUUCAAGUUAUUACCAGCAGGCAAUGCACGACCUCGAUAUGAACAUGACACAUUUGGUGGAUAGGGUCCGAUCCCGCUAUCCUGACUUUGCGGAAGGUACUGUCUCGCGCGAAUACACUGCCGCAUGAAUCUGGUCCCGAAUUUCCUCUAGUUUGACGCGGGAGCGGUGUCUGAAGACACAGAACCAAAGCGUGACACUCUGGCUUGGAAGACACAUGUCCAAACAUGUACAGAAUUAUAAUUCUUGAAAAAUGGGCCGAAUCACAAAAGUCGACGGAAUCACGAUAAGUAUCAUCUGAGC